AUGCCCUCAUCGGAUAUUGCAGAAUAUGACUCCAGAAGAAGCCUUUCAGGGAUCAAGCCUGGUAUCAGUCGCUUGAGGAUCUUUGGAUGUCCAGUAUAUGUACACGUGCCUAAAGACAAGAGGACCAAGUUGGAACCUUCUGGCAAGAGAGGAAUAUUUGUGGGAUACAACGAAUCUUCCAAGGACUACAUAAUCUACAUUCUAGGACAGAGGUACAUUGAGGUCAGCAGAGAUAUUACAUUUGAGGAAGACUUUGCAUUCAAGAAAUCCAAGGGUUCAUGGGUGGAAGAUGAAGCUCAUCCUCACGACAUGAAUACUGAUCAUGAUUUGGAGAUUCAAAGGGAGCCUUCAGAUCCUGAGAUCCAGAGGGAGCCUUCAGAACCUGAGAUGCACAAUGAUCCAGUUGAGCCUACGGAUCCUACUGAUGGGCCUAGAGAUUGUUAUAACUUGGAAGAGACCUCUUUGGGCAAGGAACACUAUGCAGGAGGCAGAACAGUUCACGACUCCUAG